AUGCUCGAUGUCAGUUGUCAUUUCGAUAAAGAAUCCGAAAAUCAAGACUACAACAAGGUGGAGAUAAACACCCCCGCCCUUGUUUAUCUCGAGUUGCUUGAUUACGCAAAUCAGCGUAUCAAAUGUGGGGCGCUAACCUCCUUAAUUGAAGCGGAUGUCGAAAUCGACUGUAGUAGUAUCAACCCAGAUGACAGUUUUCUUUAUUCUCGAUCGCUAGUGGGAUUUUUUGAUGGGCUCUGUAAUGUUAUGUUCCUAAAAUUAGAUUUAUCACAAUGUACAAAGAUUAUUGACUCGGUAUUCACUGCAUGGACUACAACAACUUUUGGCAACUUAACCAAACUUGAAUUGAUUUCUGAUUGUUGUUUUCUCUCGAAGUUCCUUGAAAAUGCUGAUAAUCUUGAAAUCCUUAUUCUCCAGAAGGUUUAUGAAGAAGUGAAAGGGUGGGUGGAACCCCAACGAGUGCCGGCAUGCCUAUUAUCACAUCUUAGAACUGUAAAGCUUGUUGGCAUCGAAGCUAUAAAGCACGAUUUUGAAAUGAUAAUAUAUCUUUUGAGGAACUAG